AUGUCGAGUUAUGAAUCUUAUUCACCUGAUCUAUAUGCUUCAAGGCUAACGGAUCCAAAAAUAAAUUUCAAAACAAAAUUGUUAAUUGCUACAAAUUUGAGGGAUUCUAUUGAAAUGUAUCAAAAUUCAGAUUAUCCUCGUUUUUUACAUUAUUUAAUGCCAGUUUUAAAUAAUACGCUUCAAAAUGAACCACCGGUAUUUGACAGCAACUCAGAAGAACAAAAAUUACGCAACAUUUACUUAGAAAUUUUACAUAGAUUACCACAAAAUGAUUCACUUAGGCCCUUUGCGCCCGAUUUAUUGAAACUUGUAAUGAAUUUAUUAAAAAAAGAAAAUGAAGAUAAUGCUGUAAUAUGUUUAAAAAUAAUUAUAGAUUUACAUAGAGGUUAUAAACCUUUACUUGAAGAUCAGGUUCAACCAUUUUUAGAUAUUGUAAAAUUAAUGUAUGAAAAUAUGGAACAAACAGUAAGAGAUGCCUUUGACACUCCUGGAACUGCUGCUGCAACACCUAGUGCCAGUACGCCAGUGCAAUCAUCUGCACCUAUUCCACCGUCACCGCGUCCUUCAUCACCGGUACCAGAUGUAACAACACAUGAACCUACUCCAAAUAAAGUACUAGCUGAUAGUUUACACAGUUUCAAAGUUUUAACAGAAUGUCCUAUUAUUGUUGUUCUAAUUUUUCAAUCACAUCGUAAUGUAGUAAAUGGUAACAUCCUAAACUUCCUACCACUUAUUAUAAGGACAUUAAGUCUUCAGCCUCGACCACAAGCUGAGGCACAUGAAUCAGCAAAAGCUAGAGGGGAGAUUUUUAUUGGUGUUGCUCCAGGGAUAAGAGAUAGAGUGAAAUAUACUGAAUUUAUCGUUGCUCAAGUUAAAACAUUAGCCUUUUUAGCAUACGUUUUAAGAGCUUAUACAACAGAAUUAUCUCAUUAUCAAGAUCAAGUUCCAGAAUUUAUUAUUCGUCUUCUUCAUGAUUGUCCUGCAGAGGCAUCAUCUACCAGAAAAGAACUUUUGGUAGCUACUCGACACAUCCUUUCAACAGAGUUUCGUAAUGGUUUUAUCAAUAAACUAGAUAUUCUUUUAAAUGAAAAAGUACUUAUUGGUACUGGUGUAACAGCUUAUGAUACAUUAAGACCUUUAGCAUAUAGCAUGUUAGCAGAUUUACUUCAUCAUAUCAAAGAUAAGCUUACACUUCAACAACUUUCAAAAAUUGUGUAUAUAUAUUCGUGCAUUUUGCAUGACCCAACUUUCACACCAAAUAUUCAUACAAUGUGUGCAAAAUUACUGAUACAUUUAAUAGAAUCUAUUUUAAGUAAUUCUCUUAAAGAUGAAAAUUUCGAUGCACGACCAAUUCAUUCAAACAUGACCAGCGAGAUUCAAAUUGAUCCUCUUAAUGAUGGCCGUGUUUUGUUUAGGACUCUUGUAGCGGGCAUUAAGCCCCUUAUUCAUUGGUUAAAACAACGUAACAAUAACAUUAACAUGCAAAAAAGUAAUUCUUUAACAUCUGGAUUUACUCAAGAACAAGUUGAAAUCUUUAUUCAACUGUUUAGAGAGGGGAUUCGUUGUUUUGACUAUUUUAAUGUCGACAAUUUUGAUAAUGUGUCACAAGCAAAACUUACUGAAGGAUUGUUAUCAAUUGAAACAGCAAAUAAAAUUACUAAACUGGAAAAAGAGGCAUUGGAUCAUUUUGGAUUGGCGUUUGUUAUUGUUGAACCAAUAAUAUUUCAAGAGAUUUUUUCAUCACAAAUGGAAUUUUUUUUUGAACAGAUGUUACAAAACCCUUCUUUGCAUCAAAUUCCUCAUUAUUUUUUAACAGCUUCUGAUAUUAUUAUAUCUCAUAGUUUCUCUGGAAUUCUAUUGAGAUUUUUAGUGGAUAGGUUAGACAAACUUGGAGCAGAAGAUAUAAUAUACUCUUCAGUUAUGCUUAAAUUAUUUAAAUCAAUUUUUCAGCCGCUCACUCAGCUUCCUAGCCAUAAUGAAGCAAUUCUUCAACCACACGUUGCAAAUAUCAUUACAUCAUCUAUGAAACUUUCCACAAAGGCCAAAAAACCAAUUAAUUAUUUUAUUCUUUUAAAAACCCUUUUUAGGUGCCUCGCAGCUGGUAAAUAUGAAAAUUUGUACAGAGAAGUCACUCCAUUAUUACCAAUGUUACUAGAGGGAUUAAACAAUUUCUUAACAUUAACACAAAUGCAACAAAUGCAAAAUUUGUUUGUUGAGCUUUGUCUUACAGUUCCUGUUCGUUUGAGCUCACUCCUCCCAUAUCUUAAUUAUUUGAUGAAGCCCCUUGUUUUAGCAUUACAGGCGGGACCAGAUUUAGUUAGUCAAGGACUUCGUACUUUAGAACUUUGUAUUGAUAAUUUGACUCCAGAUUUCUUAGAUCCUAUAUUAGCACCAGUAAUUGAUGAAUUGAUGAAUGCACUUUGGAGGCAUCUUAAACCACCACCCUAUGAUCAGAAAUAUAGCUACUCAGCCAUGCAAAUAUUAGGGAAACUUGGAGGUCGAAAUCGUCGUACUUUAAAAGAUCCACCAAAACUCAACGCCAAUUACUCUUUAUUAAGCACUAUUGAUCUGCAGAUUUUUUUCAGUUCAAAUUCUGCUGCAUAUUCAAUGCAAUUAAAUGAUUGUCUAAAACUUGCUGGAGAUAUUUUACAAGACCCCGACUCUUCUAGCUUUUACAAAAAACAUGCAUAUAAAUUUAUUGUUUCAUUAAUUCCACUUUUUUUCGAUUUAGAUGAAGGCAGUGAAGAUCUAGGAAAAUUAAUUAGAACACAACUACAGAAAGAAAUUUUCCCUAUCAUUAAUAAAGAAUCAAUAGUAAUCGACAAAAGCUCGGGUGAUGAUAAAAUGGAUCUAGAUAUAGAAACAUCUAGAGAUAGUCAAAAUUUAUCAAGUCAGCAAUUAAUUAAAAGUAAAAUCAACAAAGAUGGGCACAAGAAUAUUUUAAGAAAGAAAGCCAUACAAGAGGAAACAUUGAAAAAUGUUUUAUGUGCUUUAUUUGUUGCUUCAUCUUUGCCUGAGCUUAAAGAAAAUUCUUGGCCAUUCUUACAAAAUAUUUGCCGACAUUUUGCACUUUUGGAGAUUGGUGAACUAAUUGAAUUUAAUAAAGCAAAAAAAGAAAGACUUAAUUUUGAUGUUGAUGAUAAAAGAUACAGUUUUGAGACUAAGGCAAUGUUAGAAGCUUUAAUCGAAACUAUCACAUCUGAAAAUCUUAAAUUACGUAGUUUGGCAAGUUCAGCUCUGACAACUAUUUAUGAAACUUGUUUAUUAAUUUCUGGAUCAAAACAAAUAAUUAGUUAUUGUCCUUUUUUCUUUUUCCUGGCUUCAAGAUUUUGUUCAUGCUGUUAUCAACAGGAAUGGUUUUAUAAAAGUGGCGGUUGUUUAGGCAUAUCUAUAAUUAGCUCUCAACUUGACAUGGGUACUAAAUGGAUGUUGGACCAUGAAAUUGAAUUUGUUAAAGCUCUCCUUUUUGUAUUGAAGCAUAUUUCUCCUGAAUUUGCAUCUGGGAGUGUUGAUGAUGCACCACAAAUCCUCUUACGUGUCAUUGAGAUUUGUAACAAACAGCAAGAUUCACAGUCAUUGAUUGAUGACGAUAUCGAAAUGCAAAAUUCUAAUGAAUUCACAGAUAAAAAAAAUAAGUUUGAUAAGCUUAUAAUCACAUUAACUUCAGAAUUAUGCAAUGUAAAUGAGUCUGUAAGGGAAACAAUACAUUCAGCAUUUAAACUUUUAAGUGAAUUGACUCAAAAAACUAUUUCCAGUUUACUUUCUCAAGCUAAAGACAUAUUAAUAAAUUUAAUUUUUGGACAACCUCUUAGAGCUUUACCAGUUUCAAUGCAAAUAGGCCGUAUUGAUGCUAUUACCUAUUGUUUAACUUUGCAACCACACUUCAUAACUUCUCAACAUUAUGAAGAUCUCACAAGGAUACUUGGCGAGGUGGUUAUUUUAAUUGAUGUUGAAGAUGAUCAGGCUUUAAUGAAUCCAGCAAUGACACUGCCUGAUGAAUUAUUUUCUGGGAAUAAUCCAAAUGUUACUAGGCCACGUAUUAUUGGUAUUUUUUUCAAAACAUUACAUAUGAAUGUUCCAGAAAUUAUUGAAGUAGGAACGAAAGCUCUUCAACAAGUUAUUCAACAACAACACAAAUUGUCUAAAGAUCUUUUACAAUUAGGGGUUAGACCAAUUCUAAUUAAUUUUUCAGAUCCUAAAAAAUUAACAGUAUCUGCAUUAGAUUGUUUAGCAAGAUUACUGGAAUUGCUUAAAAGUUAUUUUAAGCCAGAAAUUGGUAAAAAAUUGUUGGACCAUCUCCAACAAUGGGCUGAUUCAAGUUUUUUGCCAUCUACCGCAGGAAAGCCGCUCACUGAGAAUGAAAACAUUAAAAUUAUUGUUGCAAUAUUAAACAUAUUCCAUCUAUUACCUUCAUCUGCAAAUGAUUUUAUGGAUAGUUUGGUGCCUAUGGUUUUAAAUUUAGAAGAAAAAUCAUGUCGCUCCAUAUCGAGUCCUUUUCGUUUACCUCUUACAAAAUUUUUAAAUAGAUACCCCACAGAAUCUGUAGAGUAUUUUUAUAAUAAUAUUAAGAAUGAUAAGUAUAGUCAAUUAUUCAUUAAUGUAUUGGGUACUGAGGAAGCACCAAAACUUAGAGAAGAGAUAAAAAAUAACCCAGUAACACUGAUUGAAAAGAUUUCAAGCAUUCACCAUUCAGACGUAAGCAAUCAUGUUGAUACUUUAGUCAAAGCAAUUUUGAUCAUUCGACAGAUUACCAAGUUUGAUCAUAAAUGGCUAUCAGAACCUUCAUCAACUCCUGUUCUGAAAUUUUUAAAAGAAGCUUGGAGGGAUCAAGGUCGCACGGAUAGAUUAAAAAAUGAAAGCAGCUUAAAUUUGAAACAAAUACACGAAUCUAAAUAUUUAAUAGAGAUUUUUUGUAUUUAUUUAAAAGAAAAACCAGAAGACAUUGAUUUGCUCUUUGAAUUUGUUUCUAUUUUCUCCAACAAAAAUAUUAUUGAUUAUACGUUUUUAAAAAAAUUUUAUCAUGAAGAAGUUGCCAAAAAGUAUCCAGUUGAACAAAAGCGAGCAAUUCUCAACAAGUUUCUUGACACAUUUUCUGAUCCAAAUAUUUUACCUAGCAUUAAAACACUAUCAUUAAAGAUUAUAGUCACACCAAUGUUAUUAUAUGAUUUUGCUAAACACUGCGAGUCAAGCAACUCGAGCUCACUUAUAUCUAAUAUUGAUCAAGAGCAUGAAAAAAUCAUUGACACUACUCAAAUGGACAAAAUUCAAUCUCUAUGGCAUUAUCUGGCGGAUAAUCAUGAUGAAAUAGAAGAUUCUUUACGCAUAGAAGUUCUUCAAUUUUCAACAGUUAUUGUUAAAAGUGUACCAAACCUCAUAACUACACGUAGUUCACUUAUUAAAUUUGGAUGGAAUUGGUCAAGAGUUGAUGAUAUCACAGCAAAACAUUCAGCGUUUGUGUUUUUAGCUGCAUGUUUUGCAGAAUUUGAUCAGGUCAGUUUAAGAAUGCUAUUUCAAUCUUAUACAGCACUCUUAAAGGCUCAUCAAGUAGAGGCAAGGGCGUUGGUAAAACAAGCAUUGGAUAUGCUUGCACCGAAAUUUAUUUCACCUCAGUCACAGUCAUUUGAUGAAUCCAAGAAAGAUUCAAAAAAGAAACCACCGCCGAAUUGGAUUGUAUAUACAAAAAGAAUUCUUUUGGAAGACGGAUAUGGUUUGACUCAACUAAUUAAUGUAUAUCAAUUGCUUGUUAGGCACCCUGACUUAUUUUAUGAAUACAGAGAGCAUUUUAUGCCACAAAUUGCUAACACAUUAACCAGAUUAGGUUUACUGCAAAAUGCAACAUCUGAAACUAGACUAUUAACGAUAGAUCUUUCUGAGCUGAUUCUCAAAUGGGAACGCUGUCGUCUCAAUGAAAAUAGUACCAAUGAACAAAACAGUAGCAGUGCGGCAUCUACCCCUAUUGCAAGUCCUGGAAAACGACGUUUGGAGUCUGAAACUGAGUUUUCACCAAGAAAACGACAAAUUCUAGAAUAUGGAUUUUCAGAAUCAAAAAAUUUGUCUGAAUGCAAUUCAAAAUACAUUCCCAAUAAUUAUUUGCGUGAAAAUGUUGUCAAUUAUCUUAUCAAAUUUGUGUGUGCUUCCAAUGAUCCUAUUAGUAAAAAUAUAUUAACACACAGGGCUCUUGAUCUAAUUAAGGAAUUUUUGCAACCUGAUUUCUGGCCUGAAGUUAAUGUGAAAUUGAAUCCCUUUGAACGUGCAUUGAAAUUUAAUGAAUUUGGCGGCAAUAAUAUAGAUUGUAUUUGUAAUAACUUGGAAGCUUUAAAUGUUAUUUUGGAAAAGAAAUCUUCAGAAUAUUGUCUUACAAAUUUAAUCCAUCUACAACCAUUACUUGAACGUAGUAUUACAAGCAACAUUAUGCGUAUUCAAAAAUGUCUUAAUCCCGUUUUAAUUCACAUAUAUAAUGCUAUAACUCCGCCUUCUCCCACAGCAAAUGUUUUUACACCAGGUGCAGAAAUAGAAUCUUUUAUUCAGUUAGUUAAUAACACAAUACAAGAAUCUAUUCAAAAUUCAAAUAAUUUAUAUCAAGCAAUGAUGUUGCUAAAAGCUGCCAGUUGCACUAUACCAAAAAGUAUUGAUCCUUUUCUAACUGGAAUAAUUAAUUCUAUACAAACACUUACAAAUGGAAUAAUUCCACAAGAAACAAAUCCGCAAGAAACGAGUCCUAUGAAUAGCAACAAUAAAUUGGUGACCAAUCAACAAUCCUCAGACACUAAUGUCGAUGUACUUAUAAUUGCAUUAAAUUUGGCCAAUUUAAGAAUUGAAGAACUCAAUGAAAUGAGACAAAGUUUUAUAACAUUUCUUUCACAAUUAAUUGAAAAUUCAAAAAAUAUUGAGCUAGCAAAGACUAUUUUUAACAUGGUGAAACAAUGGAUAUUAUGCAAAGAACCAUUACCUACUAUGGAAGAAAAGGCAAAAUUACUGAUUAGUAUGUUGUGCUAUGAAAAAUUGGAUGAUAGGAGUUUGAUUGAAAAUUUAUUAGAAUUUGCUAUUAAGAUAUAUAAUGAUCCUUUAUUUUCAAGGAGUGAAUUGACAGUUAGAUUGGAAAAGGCAUUUUUAAUGGGAACUUGCUAUAAUAAUUCUAAAAUUCGUAAUCAAUUUAUGGAGAUCUUUGAUCAUAGUUUGUCAAAAGCUUUAUCACCACGGCUCUAUUAUAUUCUUGGUGAGCAAAACUGGGAAUUUAUUAGUGAUUAUUUUUGGAUACAUCAGGCUUUAGAUCUUUUAAUUGGCGCUAUUUCUCAUAAAAAAAAUAUUCAAAUGACACAUAAUAUACAAAUCAAGUCGAUUGCAACACUGGGUGAUUUAUCAUCUUUUUCUGAUUCUUUAGAAAACACUGAUCAAGAAUUUGAGGAUUUUUUGCAAAAACACAGGGAAUUUUUAUUUGAAGUUAAAAAGUUACGUGUUGGAGAUAUAUUAUCACCUUUAAAACAACUUCAUCAAUUAGAUAAUAAAAUAGCAUAUAAUUUAUGGGUACAUCUUUUCCCAAUUUGUUGGUCAAAUAUAAAUAAUAAAGAAAGACAAGAUUUAACCAAUAAAUUAGUAAAGCUUUUGUCAGAAGAUUAUCAUGAGGUUCAAAAAAAUUCUCAACCAAAUUGUAUACAAGCAUUAUUAGAUGGAAUAUCACAUUGUUCACCUGUUUUGAAAUUGCCACCACAUUUAAUCAAAUAUCUUGGUAAAUUACAUGGGGCUUGGCAUAUCGCAAUGGCAAUUUUGCAAAAUGCAUCAUCUGAAAGGGAUAAAAAUGAUGAGAAAUACAAAGAACUUACUAUAGACGCUUUAGCUGAUCUUUAUUCCAGUUUAUCAGAGGAUGACAUGUAUUAUGGUUUAUGGAAGAGACAUUGUAAAUAUCUUGAUACCAAUAUUGCUAUUUCAUAUGAACAAAGUGGAAAUUUGUUACAAGCUCAGAUAGAGUAUGAAAAUGCAUUACAUAAAUCAAAAAUUUCAGGAUCAGCAUGUUCUGAAUCAGAAAGCAUAUUAUGGGAAGACCGCUGGAUAUCAUCCGCAAAAAAACUGCAACAAUGGAAUAUUCUUUAUGAUUUAGCAAAGAAUGAAAAUAGUAAAGAUUUAUUGUUAGAUUGUGCAUUUCAUUUAGCAGAUUGGGCAAAUGAAAAAGAAUUAAGUGAACAAAUUUCUUAUUUAUCAUCAUUUGAAUUAUCCAAAAGUCCACAGUAUAAAAUGUUUGAAUCGUUUGUAGCUUUAAUGAGGUCAAGUCAUACUAAUAAUUUUGAUGAAUAUAAAAAGCUUAUCAGAGAAGCAAAUCAAUUAACACUACAGAAAUGGUGCACACUUCCAAAAAUCGUGUCAGAAAGUCAUAUAUCGUUAUUGCAUUCAUUUCAACUUAUGGUGGAAUUUGACGAAGCAACUAAAAUAUUCUCCAAUUUAUCAAAUUAUAUUCAAAGUUUAGAUAAUCAAAAUGAAAUUAGAAAUGUCCUUUCGAGUUGGAGAGAAAGAUUACCAAACAUGUGGGAUGAUAUUAACAUUUGGAGUGACAUUGUUGCUUUUAGAAAACACAUUUUUAAUGUCAUUAGUAAAUCAUUUGAACAGUUUCAAAAUUUACAAAUAAAUUCUAAUCAUCGUGGACAUCAUGAAACUGCAUGGAUUAUCAACCGAUUUGCACAUGUUGCAAGAAAGCAUCAACUUUAUGAUGUUUGUACAGAAUUUCUGCAAAAGAUUUAUACUUUGCCAAACAUUGAGAUUCAAGAAGCAUUUUUGAAACUGAGAGAACAAGCAAAAUGUCAUUAUCAAAAUAAUGAAAUAAACCAAGCUCUAGACGUUAUAAUUAAUACAAAUUUGCACUUUUUCAGCUCACAACAAAAGGCAGAGUUUCAUACUUUACAAGGAAUGAUUUAUCUUAAAUCCAACCGGGACUCAGAAGCCAAUGAAUUAUUUUCCACGGCCGUGACAAAUGAUAUGCGCCUUCCAAAGGCUUGGGCUGCAUGGGGCUAUUACAAUGAUCGCAAAUAUAAGGAAAAACCUAAUGAAAUUAUCUUUGCCAUAUAUGCAUUAACUUGUUAUUUACAAGCUGCAAGUCUUUAUAAUUCAGCUAAAUCUAGAAAGCUAGUAAUUCGUAUCUUAUGGUUAUUAUCUCUUGAUGAUUCACAAGGAACAAUGUCGAUUGUUUUUGAAACAUUUUUCAAUAAAACUGAAGUUCCUGCGUUACAUUUUCAAUUAAGAACAGCAAGAGAAGAAUAUUUGCUGGUGAAAAAACAAGUAGCCAUUGCUCAAACGCAUGCUCGUGCAGUACAAUUAUCAUCAUCUAUUGCCAAUAAUCCAGGAACAUCAACAACACAAUCAGCAACCCCUAUAAUUUCUUCAACAUCACAGGUAGGUUCUAAUAUUACAAACAUGGGAAAUGUACAACGACCAGCUCCACAAAAUGUUGGACAAAGUAACUCUAAUAGAGGAAGCCCUGUUCAAAUCAAUACUCAUGGGGUUAAUUUCAAUCAGUCAAACCCAAUGUCUUCUCAGCCUCAAAGUCCUGCUAUACAAGGAGCAACCAUUCUAAAUAUGUCGACUCCUUCCAAUAAUAUUCCAGCACAAAAUAUACAAAACACUAAUUCUUUGCCUAAUGCUACUAAUUCUUCAAGUAAUAUGCAAGGUCAUUUACCAACAACUGUUGAACCAGGAAGGUCACCUAUUGCACAAACACCUGGAAUGAGUCCAAUUCAUCAUCAUGUCUUGACAAAUAUUCCAACUACACCGCAAACUCAACCCAUAGUGAAACAACCAUGGGAACAUGUUGAAGAUAUAAUGUCUACUUUAAAAACAUCGUUUCCUUUACUGGCUUUGACAAUGGAAACCAUGGUUGAUCAAAUUCAACAACGUCUUAAGCCAAACUCAGAUGAAGACAUUUAUAGAUUGAUUGUUGCACUUUUAAAUGAUGGUUUACAGCAAAUAACAAAUAGAUUGACUCAAAAUCAUGAUAUUGGAUCACUUACACAAACAACAGAAAUGAAUGUCAAAAGAUUUGCUGAUAAUCUAAGUGCUGGUCCGAUAAAGACUGCCUUUGAAGAAGAUUUCAUUAAAAGAAAGCCAAAUUUCAUGCAAUAUGUUGAAAAUCUUCGUAGAUGGAGAGACAAAUUUGAAGUAAUAUUGGAUAGUAAACCACGCAAGCUACAUCUAGAAUAUUUUAGUGCCUACUUGGUUGAAUUUCAACAUCAGAAAUUUGAAGAAGUGGAAAUCCCUGGACAGUAUUUAUUGCUCAAAGAUAACAAUAAUUCGGAUUUUGUUCGUAUUGAUCGUUUUAUGUCAGAAAUUGAAAUAAUUCGAUCUCAUGGUUUUUGUUAUCGAAGGCUUACUAUACGAGGACAUGAUGGUAGUCUUCAUCCAUUUGCAGUUCAGUAUCCAUCAGCAAGGCAUAGUCGGCUUAGAAUAGUACAGGAUGAUCCAUCAUAUUGUUCAUUACAAGAUAUUUAUGAAGAUCAUUGUGAUAAUAUCAGAAUAUCAAAAGAUGAACCCGUUAUUUAUUUUAUUAAUAAAAUGAGAUCCAAUAUAAGCCGUACAUCAACGAGAAAAGACGCCAUUAAUCUCAAAGUUGAGAUUGCAAGAAACAUUCAAUCAAAGUAUAUACCAAGUGAUGUUUUAAUAAAGUACUUUGCCAAAACCAUCAAAUCACACGAGGAACUUUGGUCAUUUAGAAAACAUUUUACUUCACAAAUGGCUGCUGUAUCUUUUAUGACAUAUAUUAUGUGUGUUGGUCAGAGACAUCCACAUAAAUUUUUGAUAUCUCGAAACACCGGCAAUAUUUGGUCAAGUGAAUUGAUUCCAAGUUUUGCACAAGGUGUUCCAAUGCUUCAAAACCAGGAAUCUGUUCCUUUCCGAUUAACUCGCAGUAUACAACAAUUUAUUACACCAAUUGGUUUAGAAGGAAUUUUUUCCUCAGGCCAAUACUUGAGUAUUUUUAUUAGAGAUGAGUUGAUCACUUGGCAUUAUAUAAGUCAAAAACACACUAAUGAACAUCUACUUAGACAAAAAAUUUUAGAAACAGUUGAUCAAAUUGUUAAUAAAGCAAAGAUGAUAGGAAAUGUUGACAAUAAUAAUCAUGAUAAGCAACAGAAUGGCAACAAGUCAAUAUAUAGUCCAAUUACAAAUUUAAUAGCAAUGGCAAGCAAUCCACAAUAUUUGGCAAAUAUGGAGGAUUUAUUUAAUGAACAUAUAAAUCCCAAUAAAGAUGUUCUAUCAUUAAAAUAG